AUGCUGCGGGUGGCAUUGUCACCGCUGCUUUCUCCUGCAGUGGAGACUUCGCGUCUGCUCAUCACUAGCAGUCCUUCAGCGGUCACCGUGCAAUCUCGAGGAAGACGUCGUACUUUAACGCCUGCUCCGUGGUUGCCUCCUGUUUAUGAACGAACCCACGCCGACUACUUGGACGAUUCUAACCGGGCGUUACUGCAGGAGGUGAUAUCUGCUGAGAAGAUUUGCGCUGAGAAUUCAGCAAUGAUGCGUACCCAAGAAAGCGAAGCAAAGAUCGCAGAUAUAGAAUUGCCCACAAGAAGAGUCGGUCUGCUUGCUCGGAAGAUAGGAAUGGCGCCUCAAUGGACAGUUACUGGAGAUCGAAUAUUAUGUACACUUCUUGAGAUUUGUGAGAACCACGUCGUUAGUGUGAUUUCUCCUGAGGAAUGGUAUCGUAGAAGUCUUAUUGGAAAACGGAAAGCAUUCAACAGAGAGGGACCCAUGUGGAAGGUAACAGUUGGGGCAGUGGACUACAAUGUGGACCGAUUUUCUCAUGCUUACAGAAACCAGUUCGUUCGGGCUGG